AAAUUUGGUCAAGAAAAACGAAAACAAUGAGAGACUAGAGGCGAUUGGACUCGAAUAAUUUUUCAUCGAUACCCAAAUCAUACCGAUAGGACAGGUCGUCAAUCACUCCGGCCUGUCCAAGGUCCGCACCCACGAGCGGACAAUAUAUAUAUAACAUUCUAGAAAUACAAAAUAAGACGACAAAAUGCCUGCGAUAGACGUGGCCAUGAGGAGGAGUGUCCAAGGGGGGAUUGCGGAUGGAUUUGUCAACUUACUGGUGCGCAGUGUGCAACAACCGCUCGAACAAAGAGAUGUCAUCCAGGAUUUCAACAAUGUCAAGACGGCGUUUUCAAGUUGGGACAAUUGUAUGAAGGUUGCUUACUGCAAAUGGACUGCCAUCGGGCUCAUGAUCUUUGCCGGUGUCAUCAUCUUUUCGGUUUGUUGGUGCAUAGGUCGCUGUCUCUGCUGUGGUGUCUCCUGCUGUUGCGAGUGCUUCCGAUGCCUCCAAUGCUGCGGAAACUGCUGCGGUUGUUGCGAUCCUCCCGGGGCUCGCAAACAUAAGUACCUUGAUGCGCCCUACGUUCCACCCGAUCAGGGCUACAAGGCUCCGGAGCCGAUGGAUCAUGGCUUCGGAAGCCGUCCGGCACCCACGUUUACUCCCCAGGCAUCUGAACCCCAGUAUGCUGAGUUUGAAGUCAAUAAGAAGAGGCAGACGAUGGGCGAUUCGCUGCCUGCUAUGCCAGAGUGGGAGGGCGCAGGGAACAAGAAGGUGAUGGUGGAAGAGGAGGCUGUGGAGCUGGAUCAGUUGAAGAAGCCGGAGGAGAAGACUGUCCAGAGCGCCGGUGCCGAUGCCAGUGCCGGGGCUGCGGUCAUGUCCGGCGCGGCCGCUACUAUUCCGGCAGUAGCACCUGGACGAGGAACAACACCACGACCUAGUCCACCUCCAGGGGGCCAGCAGGGUCCCUACGGAGGUCCGGCCGGUAACAACGGCUUCUACGGAAACAAUAACGGUUACGGCCAGAACACACAGGGGUAUAACCAAGCAUCCCUGACUUCUCCUUACGGCCAGUCUUCAUCCCCAUCACCAUACGGAAUGGCCGCUUCCGCCAUGGGCCCCGCUGCCGUAGGAAACGUGGGGUAUAAUGCCCCUGGUGGUGGUUACGGCAACCAACAACAAGGUGCCUAUGGCCGUUACGGCGAGCCCACACGAAACAACACCUACGAUACCGCACGAAGCAACACUUACGAUUCCUACGGCGCCAGCACCAAUAGCCCUGCCUCUCCUUACGACACCUCACCCUACGAUAACUACGAUUCCGGCAACCAAGGGGGCUACGGCAGUUCUCAGCAACAACCCUACGGCAUGGCCGCCGGUGGCGUAGCAGCGGGUAUGGGGAUGGCAGCUGGAAGUAUGGGACCUAACCGCGUCCGCUCCCCACCCGCCGCAGCAAUGAACUCAAUACCCUAUCCUCCAAACCCCAUGACCCGCCGGUCGCCAGCUCCCAAGCAACCAUUGAACGGUCUCGGGUACGGAGGACCCAGCAGUAAUCAGGCGUACGAAAUGCCAGGCGAUGAUUCCUUCCUCGGUGGACCUCGACACCAAUCUCCCGCUCCUCAAUCAACCGGAGUCACAGGGGGCGGGUAUGACAGCCUCGGUGGGCCUAGACACCAAUCUCCCGCUCCUCAAUCAACAACGGGAGUCACAGGGGGCGGGUAUGACAGCCUCGGUGGGCCUAGACACCAAUCUCCCCCUCCUCAAUCAACAACGGGAGUCACAGGGGGCAGGUAUGACGGCUUUUCAAACCAGCCAUACUCCCAGGGCAGCACCCAGCAACAGAGGCAAAACACCUUUGGCGGAAACAACAGUUACGGAGGGGGGAACAACGCAGCUAGUUACGGCGAUAUGAUGCGCUCCACACCCUCCCCAGCGCCGACGGGGCCGUUGCCCAAGCCUCCGGUGAGGAAUAAUACUAUGGGAGGUCAGAGUACUUUGGGAGGUACCAAUGGUGGUAGUCCUGCUGCUGCUACUGGAGGGUUUGAUUUUAGUAGUGGGGGGUAUUCCAGGCCGAGCCCAACCAUGGGACAGCAGCAAGGAGGAAGUAUGGGAGGGCAGAAUGAGGGGGGAGGAGCGGCGGCGUAUCCGGGGUAUAAACCUUACUCGCCCGCGGGUGGAGGCCCGGGAGGAGGAGGAGGAGGAGCAGCAGCGGGAGGGGGGGCGUACAGAGCAUGGUGAAAUGGCAGCGACGUGGAGGCGAAAGUGAAAAGAGUAAAUGAUUAACGGGAAAAAGCAUGGGGUUGCGGCGUUCUUCUUCUUUUUCUUCUUCAUGUUUUGGUUAGAUACCAGGAUCUUUUUGGUCAGUGUGGUUGGUUGGUUCUCGAUGUCAGGACCACCUACCUACUCCGCGUCAUGACCUUGAAUUCAGAGAGCACUUGCCAGUGCAGGGACAUGUCUUCGUGUUGGAUUCUUACUAUCGUUCAUCCAUAUUUU